CUGAACGUUUUGAUAUCGAUUUUCUGUUGACGAAAAUUUGAAUGGGACACCUUGGAUGUCCCGUACGUUCAAUUUCACGCCUUAUGAAGGUCAAACUUUUUCACCGGGCGGUGGCGGAUUUAGGGUAGGCUGCCACAGGGCUACCUUCCAAUGCAACGACAUCGCCGAGUACUUGCACUUCCAGUACUCUGACUCAAUUCAUUCACCAAUUGGGUCUUUGUGAGAUUUACCGGUGCUAUCUAGUCAUAUUUUUCUGCUACUGAUCCGCUCGGAAGCGAACUGCCAUUCGUCUCAAAGGUGUCGUCCCACCGCGUCAUGAACAGCACAGCCGGAAAGCGCAAGUCAGCUAUCCCUCCUACCGAUGGCCAGAAAAGAGUCAAGCUACAAAGCGGAGCCGUUGCCAAGGCCAAUUCGAAAAAGAGCAAAAAGGACAAGGAAACUAAUAGUGGACCAUCAGGGUCGUCGAUGACCAAGAACCCUGCAGCCACAUCACAAUCAGCAACUGCCAAUGACCGUCCCAGAAUCCGGAAACUUGCGCCCCCACGGCCAUUCCCAACAGUUGCACCGUCCGCACCUGCCACAGCACCACGUUCCUUGCAUACUGAAGGCAAAAAUAACAUCUGCGUCACGCGACGUACCAAGUUGGCCGCUUACCUGCGCCGAUGCAAGGCUCUGAUCCUCGAAGAUGGGUUUAAAGAGAUUCGACUGAGCGCGAUGGGCGCUGCUAUCCCGCAUCUUGCGCUUUUGGCCGUUUCUUUGCCUCAAAUAGUGCCGGGCGAGCUAAGUGUCGAAGUGCAGACGGGUAGCGUGGACGUGAUUGACCAGAUGCUUGAUGGAAGCGAGGAUGAAGGUAGUGGUGGUAAUGACGAGGAAUUCAAAACAAGGGUCAAGUCAACAAUGAACGUCGUCAUUCGCGUAGGAGGCUCGGGGGACCCCAAUGUGAUAAGCGAUCCCGCGAAAGGAUCAGUGACAGACUCUGGCCAAAGCGAUGUGAAUGUUCAGCAACCGGAGCAGAUUAUUCUGCAGGAGCCUGAACAGGAAGACAUGGACCUGUCGUAACAGGAAUCACAGUAGGAAACUAUUGCCCCGUUGUGUUGGUCGCUGCUCAUAGCUUACUUGUAGUCCAACCCUUCACAUUGUCUGAAUGCGACACAUGGGUAUUUGCCUGGCUA